UUUUGCUGCUGUGACUAAUUAAUUUGCUAAUGAUGCAUUAUUUUCUCUCCUGCCUGGCCUCUGUGGGGAUGGCAGUGAUCCUUUGGGUCCCACAGGUCCACGGGGUGUGGGCCUGCAUGCGUUCCUGCCCUCCCAGCUGCGUGUGCACCCCGGAGAGGAGCUGCUCCGUGCUGUGUGACCGUGCCGGGCUGGGCCAGAUCCCCAGCCAGUUCCCCUGCGAAGCCUCUUCCAUCAACCUGGAUAAAAACAGCAUCAAGUUCCUGUCUGAGAGGGCCUUCGGCACGCUGCCUUCCCUCAAGUCCCUGAAGCUGGAUAAAAACAACAUCUCCUUCAUCACGCCGGGGGCGUUCAAGGGGCUGCCCAGCCUGACGGAGCUGAAGAUGGCCCACAACGAGUACAUUCGCUAUCUGCACACUCGCACCUUCACCGCGCUCCGCCGCCUCGUCAGGCUGGACCUGGCCGACUGCAACCUCUUCAACAUCCCAGACAGGAUCUUCAUCGAGCUGCCUGCUCUGCAGGAGCUCUUCUGCUUCCAGAACAACUUCCGAAGGAUCCCAGGCGCCAUCAGGGGCAUGGAGAACUUGACCCACGUGUACCUGGAGAGGAACAGGAUCGAAGCGGUGGCCUAUAACUCCCUGCAGGGCCUGACCAAGCUGAAGUACCUGAAUCUGCAGGACAACAAGAUAAAUGUCAUCCACGAGAGAGCUUUUCAGGGCUGUCAGAGGAUGGAGUACCUGUACCUCAAUGACAACCUGAUCAGCGAGCUUCCAGAAAACUCUUUUGAUGGCCUGAGGCGCCUGAAGAUGCUCAACCUGGGGGGGAAUUUUCUCAGGAACAUUUCCAACACCUGGUUCCGGGACUUGGGGGAGCUGGAGUUCCUCUACCUGGACCGCAACAGGAUCAGCUACAUCGAGGAAGGGGCUUUUGAGAACCUCACCAGCCUGGUGGCUCUGCACUUGAACAGCAACAACCUGACGACGCUGCCCUUCUCCGUGUUCGAGCCCGUGUACUUCCUGGGGCGCCUGUACCUCUUCCGCAACCCCUGGGAGUGCGACUGCCGCCUCGAGUGGCUCAAGGAGUGGAUGGAGAACUACAGGCUGGUCAGGGACAUCCCGUGUGCCUCCCCCUCCUCCGUGGCCGGCGCUGACCUGACGGACGUGCUGUUCGAGAGGUCUCCCGAAGGUUACUGCCUCGACCCGCUGGAGCUGAACGUCACGUCCGAGGGGCCGACCCCCAGCCAGGAGCCUUGGUCUACCACAGAGAGCAAGUUCAACAGCCUUAUCUCCAAACUCCUGCUCCAGAUGGGCCUUCCUGAGGAGGUGGCAAAUGCCACUGAAGUGUACAGUAACAGCACGCAGAUGGAUGGACAGACUGAAGGGGUUUCCUCCGGCACGGGGGAAGGCAGAUCCGAGGCUGACUCCUCUUCCUUGUACCUCCCAGCACUUUGUACAGUGAUUGCUCUGCUGUGCAAAUAGUCCAAGGGCUGGAUGGAGCAGGGGUUCUGCUAAAGCAUUUAGACCCUGCGCCUACUUUGUCUUCAGAGAAAAGUUUUUUUGUGGGCCUCUGAUAUAUAAUGGGCUCCAAACUCUUCCAGGUUGGGUUCCUUGGAUCUGGCUCUAUAUUCCCCUGGGAGCUGGUGAGAUCUGGGUCCCAUUCUGAGUGACAAAUCUCUCCUGUGGGUGUCCCACAGCCUCCUGGAUACUCACAGGGAGAUGAACAGCACUAAGAUUGAGUUUUGCCUAGAGACGUGUGCUGUUCCCUGCUGGGAAUGGAGGGAAGAGGGGUCUGUCUGUUUGCUCCAUGGGGCCAACUCGUGAGAGCAAGAUGUUCCAUGGUGACUCAGCUUCAGGAGAGCAAAAUGAGGCUGCAAAACCAGGCCCUUCUUCAUGUCCUGACAGACACCCACAGCCACGGCAGGCACUGCUGAACAACGGGAAACUAUUCCUGAUUUCCCCCAGCGGGUGCAGGAGGGAGCAGGGCAGUCCUGG